AUGGCGUCAAUGGGUGCUCUUUAUCCUUACGGGCACCUGCUCCGGUCUGCCCGAGCAGGUGUGACCUUCGUCCCCCGCCGAACACUGACCUACACCACCCCUCGUCGUGCCCAAGAAGACAACAAUGGCAAUAACGAAAACCCCUCCAAACCCUCCGCCCUCUCCUCCAUCAGAAACUUCUUCGGUCUCGGCGGCAAGCCCUCCGAUGCCCCCAAGCCCACCAUCACCCGCCGAGCCAACGCUCCCCCAAAGCGAGAAGGUUCCCUGAGCGCAGACUCGAUCUUCGCAGAAGACGAGGCCACCCCGAAACUCGUCGCCUCGGGCCGCACACCCGGACGCAGACCUACCGCUGAACAGCCCGUGGAAGCAGAAGAAGAGGAACAGGAUGUUAGCCUGGAGACUCGGAAUCGGGAGAAUAUGCAGGCGGUGCUGGACCCUCGUCCUCAGGCGCGGACGCGCUGGGAGCGGAAGAUGGUUGUGAGGGAGAUUCGGCGUCGGGGUCGUCUUUCGAAAACGGAGCAGGUUAUGCGGACGGAGCGGGAGAGUUUGUCCAAGUCGCAUUGGUUUAAGACGUCGAUUAAGAAGUUGGGGCCGUUGGCCCGGCAGAUUGCGGGGAAGAAUAUCGAUGAGGCGAUUUUGCAGAUGCGGUUUAGCAAGAAGAAGGCUGCCAAGGAUAUCCUUGAGCACUUGGAGCAUGCGAAGAACGUCGCUGUUGUCCGCUCCGGUAUGGGUCUUGGUGCUGCUGCCGGUCAAGAGGCCAAGAAGCCCAUCAGCAUUGUCUCCAAGACCGGUGAGCGUAAGACGAUUACCGACCCCAGCUCCAUCUACAUCUCCCAGGCGUGGGUGAACCGGGGACCGUACGGUGUCGACUACGACCACCGGGCGAGAGGACAGAUCAACCUCCUCCGUCCGCCAUACACCUCUCUCUCGGUGCUGCUGAAGGAAGAACACACUCGGAUCCGCGAGUGGCAAGAUCGCGAGACCACCGCGCAGCGCAAGCGCAAGACUCACCUCUGGACCCAGCUUCCUGACCGGAAGGUCAGCGCCCAGAACCAGUACUACAGCUGGUAA